ACACUUCAACAAUUAAUUUCUGCAAGCUGCACUUAGAUAUAACCGGUUAAAUAACAAAAAAGUCAAACCAACUUAUAAAACAUAACGGGUUUAUGAAUCUGAGAGUUAGUUUUCAAAAGUUGAAGAAGUGUGUUGGAAGAAAGCAAGGCAUGAGAAAUACAAACAGAGCCAACGAACCUGCCAGCUUCUGGACUCAAGCAAACGCGCUUCUUAGAAAGAACUUAACCUUCCAGAAACGAAAUGUGAAGACAAACAUAAGGCUGAUCUUGUUCCCAUUUGUGCUGUGUAUAUUGCUGGUUCUAAUUCAAACUAUUCUCAAUAAUCAAUUUGAUAAGGCCAAAUAUAAGUGUGGAUGCGUGGAGAAUGAAUGUGGGGUUCAAUAUUCGGAUUUUGACCAAGUUGGCACUUGUCCUAUUACUAACCCUAUGGAAUGGCCUCCUUUAUUGCAAACACCUGAUCCACGAUACCGCGCUGUUAGAACGGAUUUCCUUCCGUUUUCUGAUUUUCCAAACCCCUUAUGCAGAAACAAUGGCUCAUGUCCCCUCACGAUGCUCUUCACAGGCACUAAUCAGUCUUUCGGAGAAGUCUUGUCGAGGAAUAUGAUCCCAAGUACCAUUGAUAUAGAUAAUUCAAAUGUUAUGGAUAGUUUCGCGACAAAUGUCUUGGGAUCGUCAACAGAGACAGAGUACACCAAUUUUCUAGAGCCUGCUUUCUUUUCAGAGCUUCCCAUUUACUAUCUACAAAGUCAGUGCGGAAAGAACUCUACAUUGUCCGUUCCUGUACAGAUAUCGACCAGUAGCAUUCAGCAAGAGUUGAGAUGUGCUCAGGCUUUACGGUUAUGGCGUAAUAGUUCUUCUGAGGUAAACAAUGCUAUAUAUAAAGGUUAUAGAAAAGGUAACACAGAGAGACAGAUCAAUGAGAUAACUGCAGGUUAUGAUUUUCUAAAUUCAAAUGAGGAUACAUUUAAUGUCAGUAUAUGGUACAACUCAACCUAUAAAAAUGACACCGGCUUUGAUAAAAUUGCAUUGGCACGGAUUCCUCGUUCUGUAAAUUUGGUAUCAAAUUCCUACCUUCAGUUUCUGUUGGGAUCUGGUACCAAAAUGUUGUUUGAGUUUGUAAAGGAAAUGCCAAAACCCGAGACCCCAUUAAAGUUUGACGUGGCUUCUCUUUUAGGCGGUCUCUUCUUUACAUGGGUCAUCUUGCAACUUUUUCCUGUUGUCCUCACAUCAUUAGUUUACGAGAAGCAACAAAAUUUGAGAAUCAUGAUGAAAAUGCAUGGUCUCGGUGAUGGGCCAUAUUGGAUUAUUUCUUACAGUUAUUUUCUUGCCAUAUCAAUUAUCUACAUGUUGUGUUUCGUCAUAUUUGGCACAGUCAUAGGAUUAAAAUUCUUCACAAUGAAUGACUACAGCAUCCAAUUCGUGUUUUAUUUCAUCUAUAUAAACUUACAAAUUUCGCUGGCAUUUUUAUUGGCCUCGCUGUUUUCCAAUGUUAAGACGGCUACAGUGAUUGCAUAUAUAGGUGUUUUUGGCACCGGUCUAUUAGCUGGUUUUCUUUUCCAAUUUUUUAUUCAAGAUACAUCGUUUCCAAAAGGGUGGAUCAUUGUUAUGGAGUUAUAUCCUGGGUUUGCUUUAUAUCGUGGGUUAUAUGAAUUUUCACAAUCGUCUUUUACUGGAGAUACUAUGGGGACUCAUGGUAUGCGGUGGGGAGAUCUCAAUGAUAGCACAAAUGGCAUGAAAGAGGUCUUGAUUAUAAUGUUCGUGGAGUGGCUAUUAGUUUUGUUCUUCGCUUAUUACAUCGAUCAAGUUUUAUCAACACGAAGUUGGAAAAGUCCUCUUUUGUUCUUGAAAGGAUUUCAGAAAAAACAUAGUUCAUCUUUUCGGAAGCCUAGUCUCCAAAGGCAAGGAUCUAAAGUUUUUGUUAUGACCGAGAAAGCAGAUAUUCACCAAGAGAGGGAGAAGGUGGAGCAGCUGCUACUUGAACCUACUACAAAUCAUGCAAUUGUUUGCGACAAACUGAGCAAAGUUUAUCCAGGGAGGGAUGGUAACCCGAAGAAAUUUGCGGUGAGAGAGUUGUCCCUUGCUUUGCCUGAAGGGGAAUGCUUUGGAAUGCUUGGUCCCAAUGGUGCUGGAAAGACUUCUUUUAUCAACAUGAUGAUAGGUCUUACAAAGCCAACCUCAGGUACAGCAUAUGUUCAAGGUCUUGACAUACGAACUGAUAUGAACGGAAUAUAUACUAGCAUGGGUGUAUGCCCUCAGCACGACUUGCUGUGGGAAAUCUUGACAGGAAGAGAGCAUCUACUCUUUUACGGCAGACUUAAAAAUCUUAAAGGUUCUGCCUUAACACAAGCGGUGGAAGAAUCUUUGAAAAGUGUAAACCUUUUUCACGGAGGGGUUGCUGAUAAAAAGGCUGGAAAAUAUAGUGGAGGAAUGAAGAGGAGGCUUAGUGUUGCAAUUUCAUUAAUCGGAGAUCCUACGGUUGUUUAUAUGGAUGAACCAAGUACUGGAUUAGACCCUGCGUCAAGAAAGAACUUAUGGAGUGUUGUUAAUCGUGCAAAACAAGACCGUGCGAUCAUUCUCACUACACAUUCCAUGGAAGAGGCAGAAGUCCUAUGCGAUCGAUUAGGAAUAUUUGUAGACGGUAGCUUUCAGUGUAUAGGAAAUCCAAAAGAGCUGAAAGGAAGAUAUGGAGGAACUUAUGUAUUCUCAAUGGCAACAUCUAUUGAUCAUGAAUCGAAUGUCGAGAAAUUGGUGCAACAACUCUCCCCAAAUGCUAAGAAGAUUUACCAUAUCUCAGGAACUCAAAAGUUUGAGCUACCAAAAGAUGAGGUUAAAAUAUCUAAUGUAUUCCAAGCAGUUGAAACUGCAAAGAGAAAUUUCCCAGUUUCUGCAUGGGGUUUAGCUGACACCACAUUGGAAGAUGUAUUCAUUAAGGUUGCACGUGAGGCUCAGCCAUUUCAUACUUUGUCAUAAUUUCAUACACAUUUCACUACUAGUCUAUACAUAUUAUAAAUAUUAUUGUGUGUAAAUAAUCAGUGUGUAGUUACUAUUUAUCUAGUUAGCUACUAUAUUUAUAGUUUGCUUUGUAUAAUUUGUUUAAACUCUUUCAAAUAAAAUAAUGAAAAUUUUUGGGUUGUUUGGUUUUGUA